AUGAGAUCAUACCUUUCUUGUGCAGAUCCAUCUUCAAUUGGGAGGAAUGGCACGACGAUCAGUCCAGUUUCGCUGCCUUUGCCGAAUGGAACGAGCUCAAACUCGUCCAACAAACGAUCAAAGAUUCUUGGAUUUUGCUUGGGAGCGGUGUCGCUCGUUGUUGGAGUGGCAAUUGUCGUGGUGAUUUUGCGACGAAGAACGCGCAGUAUAAGAGCUGGUGGGGAAGCAUUGAACUGGCUACCACCCGGUAGCCAGGCGAAGAAAUACUCGUACGAAGAGCUCCAGGAGGCUACGAAAGGAUUUCACAAGGAGAACUUGAUCGGCACCGGCGGAUUUGCGAGUGUAUACAAGGGAGUUAUAGACAGUCACGUUGUUGCGGUGAAAUACUUGACAAGCUCCGAUCUAUCGGAGAAAGCGAGGCUGGAUUUCGAGAAUGAGGUGUCCACGAUUAGCCUGCUCCAACACAAAAACGUUGUCAAGCUUUUCGGGUUUUGCUCCGAGAAAGAACACAAGCUCAUCGUCUGCGAGCUCGUUGAGAAUGGGAACCUCUCCGACGCCUUGUUUGGUUUGGCAUACUUGCACGGAGAAACAUCGCAGGCAACCAUCGUACACAGAGAUAUCAAAGCCCUCAACAUUCUUCUAGCCAGCGAUCUCAAGCCAAAGAUCUCGGACUUUGGAUUGGCAAGACUGAUCCAGCAAAGUCGAAGCUAUACCAGCACACGAGCAGCAGGAACAGCUGGCUAUCUAGCUCCAGAGUAUGCUCUCUCUGGUCAGCUCACCGAGAAGGCCGACGUCUAUUCGUUUGGGAUUCUUGUUCUUGAGAUCAUAAGUGGAAGAAAAAACAUGGACUUCACACUCUUGGACAGCGAGUUUUUCUUGCUCGAAUGGGCAUGGAAUGCAUUCCAAAGUGGCAAUCUCCAAGAGAUCAUCGACAAGAGACUGGAGGUGGGUGACCAAGAGAUUCACGAGAUCAAGCGAGUGUUCACAGUUGCUCUCCACUGCACACAAGCCAGUCAAAACAAGCGCCCAGUGAUGUAUAGAGUGGUGGGGAUGCUCAUGGGUGACAUGGACAUCAGUGGCACCAUCUCAAAGCCCGGCUUCCUCUGUGAUUUAAGGCAAAACCCUGAGCAGACCGGCAUCAAUGACACUCACACUCCCUUUAUUGAAACAAAGAGUGCAAAAGAUAAUUAG